UGACUCCCCCUCCGUUCGUCCAAAAUCUCGAAGAAACUUGAAAAUUCUUGAUGCUAAAUAAUUGUGAAAAAUCGUUGUUGCUAGUCCACCGUACGGCCACCGACAGCCGACGAGACGACCCGCUUCGCAAGUGAUCAAGUGUUGCCCGGAAAACACCCGGAAAAGUGUCCGCAUCAAGUCCGUUUCUGUGCGCGUUCCGCAUGUGAGGUUAUGUUGGCGCGUUUUCCGUCGCAUCAGAACAGCAACAAGCGUUCGAAGGAAUCUGCUGCGAAUUUCACCGCAGGACUCAACUGCUAGGCGUGUGGAAAAGCGUGGAACCGUUCGUUUCUUCCGGAUCUCAUCAUGUUUGGCGCCAAAGCGGGAGGAUUUGGGCAACCGACGGCCAACCCCGGGUUUGGAAACUUUGGCACUAACGCAGCCACGGCCAGUCCGUUUGGCCAGACAACCGCCUUCAGCAAACCGGUUACGACGGGUGCGUUCGGUGCAACGCCGGCCUUCGGACAGCAACCAACGACAUCGCUGUUCGGGCAAACGCAACCCACCGGUGGCCUGUUCGGUGCUACCAACACCACGGCUCCGGCCUUCGGUGCUGCACCCGCCGCCCAGCCCGGAUUCGGUGCUUUUGGUCAAACACAGCCACAACAAACGUCUCUGUUCGGUACGCAGAACAACACGGCCGGAAAUACGUCCCUGUUCGGCAACAAUAACAACACAUCGUUCGGUGCGGCCAAACCGGCGGGUUUCGGAUUCGGCCAAACGAGUACGCAAUCGUCCCUGUUCGGUCAGGCCAGCACUAGCCAGACGACCACUUCCGGAUUCUUCGGCCAGAAUGCGCAAACCGCCGGUGGACUGUUCGGUGCCGCUAAGCCGGCCUUUGGCGCAGCAACACCCGUUGCGGGAGGCAAUGGGACGGCCGUUUCCAAGUACCAGCAGACGCUUGGUACGGAUACGCUGGUUAAGAAUGGCCAAACGACCACCAUCAACACGAAGCAGCACUGCAUCACCUUCAUGAAGGACUACGAGAACAAGUCAGUCGAAGAGCUGCGCUUCGAAGAUUAUUCCGCCAAUCGAAAGGGACCACAAGCAGGCGGUGCAACGGGCGGACUGUUCGGAAGUGGCGCACCGACGACCGGACUGUUCGGUGCCACUGCUCAACAACCAGCGACGGGUGGUCUUUUCGGUCAGAAUGCAGCACAACCGGCCACCGGUGGGUUGUUCGGUACCACAACGAACACAUUUGGUGCUACGACAACUCCUGGCUUCGGUGCAACGGCCGGUAGUACGUUUGGAAAACCGUUCGGCGCGACACCGGCCACCUCGGCGCCUGGCUUUGGUUUCGCUCAAUCGACUACUUCAACGCUCGGUGGUCUGGCAGCGAACAAACCGGCCUUCGGUACGACCGGAACGGGCUUAUUCGGACAAACGGCCAAUCCCGCCACCAGCACCUUCGGCCAGACAUCAGCAUUCGGUGGUUUCGGAACGCAAAAUACGGCCACCCAACCGGGGGGACUGUUUUCCGGUGCCGGCACGACGGGUGCAGCACCGGCCGCGGGUGCCUUCGGUACACUCGGUGCACCGGCCGCCGGUACAAGCUUCAACUUUGGCACGAACGCCCAAACGAGCACCGCCGGAUCGACACUGUUCGGUGCGAAACCGGCCAACACCUUCGGUACGCUCGGUGGAACAACGUUCGGCCAGAACGCUACAUCCAGUGCGCCAUCGUUUGGAUUCGGCACGAACACUAACACAGCCGCCGGUGGAUCAUUCUUCGGAAAUUCCUUCAACAAACCGGCUGCUCCGACGUUCGGACUGGGUACCGGUACGGCCACCGCUGGUGGUCUAGGAACGGGCGGUGGACUUACAUUCGGAACUGGCACAACCUCACUGUUUGGCAACACGGCCAACAAACCGGGUGGCCUCGGUACGGGCACGGGCAGCUUGUUUGGAAACACAUCGACACUUGGCACUGGUACCGGUGCCUUCGGAACGAUGGGCAUGGGCACAACAUUUGGAGGCGGCAUUGGAGGAAUCGGUGGCACGGCCGGUAUUGGUGGAAUCGGUGGAAUGACCGCGGCCAACGUUGGCCAGCAAACGGUCCCGAUUCAUCAACAAAUCCUAGCGAUGGCUUCCUCGCCCUACGGUGACACGGCCAUCUUCAAGGGCAUCAAACCAUUGGCCGGACCGACGGAGGAUUCACUGAAACCGACAAACCCAUCGGCACAGAAAGCCAUCCUCGAGGGUUCGAACUAUCAGUUCAAGGUGAAUGCACGCUCAGGAUCGACCGAUCGGCUCAAGGUGAAACCCCUCGGUACGGUGCAGCUGAAAAAGUCCAUCUUCGAGGGUCUCGAAGAGUACGACAGUACGCUCGAGGACAGCUUCACCCUGAAACCGAACGCCAAGCGGUUGAUCAUUAAACCACGCUCCACAAAGUCCACCAUCGUCAUACCGGAUAGUGGCGAUACUGGUGGUGGUAAUGUGGCCGAUUCCGUUAUCACCACAC